UGGCUGUCCCAACACAAUUAUUUUCUUGUUAAUUAGUAGCUCAACUCAAUGAAGAGACGUCGAGGGGUAUAAUGAAUACUGAGGCAGCCUCUGUAUAUCUUUAUCUUUAUCCUCAAGUUUCAUCUCCCCACGUCCUGAUGAUCUCUCUCUCUCUCUCUCUCUCUCUCUCUUGCUAAUCACUGACGAGUUGAGUUGAGUUGAUUACUUUUUCAAGCCUUGGGUUCAAGUUUUCUUGGAGACCCAAUUGGCCAAUAAUCACCGUUUGAUGUCUUGCGCUUUUCACUCGGCUUUGAGGCUUCAUUUCCUCCAUCGAGGCAGAAGAGCAAAGGGUUCAAAGCAUCUCUGACUCUUUGUGGUUCAUGAGCUUGUAAUUUUCCCGGGAAGUCCGAGAAAAUGGCAGUCCAGUUGUGCCCCGAGAAUUGUAGCCUAGUCGUGAGCCCGAGAAUCUCGUUCUCUCACGAUCUCUCCCAGUCCGACGUCGUGCCGGUCGAGCAGCAGCUCCUCCGGUCGAACUCCUCGUCCGGCAUUGAUUUCGAUUUCUGCACGCGCAAGAGCAAUUACGACCAGGAAUCGUCUUCCGCCGAUGAGCUUUUCUCCGACGGCAAGAUUCUAGCCAUCCAAAUCAAGAAGAAGGUCGCGCGGCCGAAACAAACACGCUCGCCGGCUCCUUCAGAAGCACCGUUUCCCGACGGUGAAGAAAAUCCAGGCAACGAGAGCUCGAAGGAGACGAAAAUGGCGGGUUCCGGACCGGAUGAGAAGCAGAACUCGAACUCGAAGUCCUUUUGGAGGUUCAAACGGAGCAGUAGUCUCAACUGCGGCAGCGGCUAUGCCGGGAGCUUCUGCCCGUUGCCGCUUCUUUCCCGGAGCAACUCAGCUGGGUCGGCGACGAGCAUUAAACGAUCAUCGUCGUCGACAUUAUCGAAGGAGAAUCAUCAUAUCCAUAAGCAGAAAAAUCAAUCCUUGGCAGCGUUGAAGUCGUCGCAGGCUUCUUCUUCGUGUAGUUACCAGAAGCCUCCAUUGAAGAAGAGCUACGGGUCUUACGGCAACAACGGCGUUCGAAUCAACCCAGUACUGAAUGUCGCGCCGGCCAAUCUUUUCGGGUUGGGUUCGAUCUUUUCAACCGGGAAGGAUAAAAACAAGAAGAAAUGAUUAAAGCUGGGGGAUUAAUUAAUUAGCUGAAUCUCACUUGAUUCUGUGGUUAAAUGGAGAGCAAUGGAAACUUAUAAUUGACGCCACAUGCUCUGCAAAACCAGAAACGUAGACAGGAAAACAUUGCGUUUGUUGCCAUCUCCAAAUCUGCUUUUCUUUUUUGCUUUUUCUUUGAUCAGUAACUGUCCAUUUCUGCUUUUGUUAGUGUGCUUUUGCUUGUUGCUUACAACGCACGGCCAUGGUGUAUGACUGGUUUUUGUUACACUUUUGGUUCAUUCUGUGACAGAGAGGCAAAGACAAAUUGGUUAUUGUUACUUUUGGGUUAUUCUAUCAUUUUUUAAGCAGAGAAUACGAGCUGGUUUGCCAUUGGCUGUUCUUGUUCUUUGAUUUCAUGCGCUUGGUUCUUGUGCGUGUUAAGAA